AUGCCGGACUCGACUUCUGUAAAGCCCGACCCGGAGGAUGAAAAGGUCGUGCCGCCCCCAAUGGCCAUGGAGGAGGACGAGCUCUUCGAGGACGCCGGCGACCUCGAGUUCUACGACAAGGCCCAAGGCAACAGCUUCGAAACUCUCUAUCUCGCGCGUUUGCCCAAGUAUAUCUGGGAUGCGUGGAUGAAGCUUGUCGAGAGGUUAGGCGACGACGACGAGAUUCAGAUCGGCACCCUGCGGACGUGGAAUGAACAGGUGCCCGAUGCGUCCAUGGAGGGCGGCACCCGUGAGGUGUUCAAGCUUCGCAUGCUGCUGCAGGCCAACUGCCCCGAACACCAGACGCUCCCUCGCGAGUAUGACUUGGAGAUUUUGGACAGACAAGUCAAGAAUCACUUUAUAUUCAGCGAGGAGGACCUGCCGCGGUUCAAGGAGAAGAACAAGGCGCGCGCCGAGGCUGCCGCUGCCGGCAUACCCCAAUCCCUGUUGCGACAGAGGCAGAACCAAGGGGUCGAGCGAACCGAGAGGACAUUUGACCGGAGAACUCGGUAUCAGCCGUACUAUCGAAAGGCUAUUCCAAAAAAGACAAAGAUAUUCGGCAAGAUCCACUACGACGUCCGCGUCGAGCCCCGAAACAUCCGAGAAGAGGAACGCCUACUCGCCAAGCGACUACUCGACGCCGAGGGCUCCAAGACGAAGCUCCAAAUCAUCAGCAGGAACAGCGCGUCCGCCAUCAUCAACCCGGGCACCGCAGGCUCAGCUACCUGGGGCGGAGGUUUCAUUAAAAACGCGCCACCUACCGUCAAGGCCAAAAAGGGCGAAGUGUUCAAGGCUGCUCGUAUUCCCAAGAACCAGCUGUUGGAUCUCAUUUUCGACUGCUUCCGUCAGUAUCAGUACUGGUCCAUGAAGGCCCUGCGGCAAAAACUGCAACAGCCAGACUCCUACUUGCGCCAGGUGCUCGAGGAGGUGGCCGUGCUGCACAAGAGCGGCCGCUUUGCGAAUCACUACGGAUUGAAUGACGCCUACAAGGACAAGGGCGGCAGUGAGGCCAAGGAGGAGGCCGCAGAGGCCGCAGACGAGGGGGACGAUGACGAGAACGAGGAGAUGGAGGACGUUUUGCCAGCAUAA